AUGAAAAAGCGAUUUAUCAGUUGGGGUACUUCCCUCCCUAUACGGGCUGCUCCAACUGAACGGUGCUACAAAUCAAAAGCUGAUGGUAAUGGUAUGGUGAUACGUAGAAUUGUUCUUGCUUCUGUGUGUGAUGAACUUGGUGGUGACAACAGAUGUAAAAAAGGAACGUUUCAAGGUCAAGUUAUACCUGUACCUGGUACAAAUUGUUGCUGUAAUAAAGAGAGAUGCAAUGGCGUAAAUCCCUCAUCGAUGGUGAAAUAUACAACAUUAGCUACACUAGCUAUUAUUACCAUGUUAGCUAAAAGAUUUCAUUAA